AUGGCUCAAACACCCCCUCCAAUUCCUCCAAUUACUAGUCCAAGCUCAAUCAGAACACUCUGUGAUCAAGACCCUCAUCAUGAUCAACUCCAACCCCAAAACCAUCUCAAUUCUAUGGUCAUCUUGGCAGCCAUUUUCUGUGCUUUUGUAUGUGCUCUUGGCCUCAAUUCCAUGUUACAAUGUGUUUUUCAGUGUGCCAACCGUGCCCUCACCGAACCGGUCCAAUGGGUAGCUUCACGCAGGCUUAAUUCAGGGCUUAAGAAGGAGGAAAUGGUAGCUUUGCCCACUUCAACUUAUAGUGCCAAUUUGAACACUUCUCCAUCAUCAUCAUCUUCUUCUUCUUCCGGCUGUGCUAUUUGUUUGGCGGACUUUUCUGAUGGGGACAAGAUAAGGGUCCUGCCCAAAUGCAACCAUUGGUUUCAUGUUGCAUGCAUUGACAAAUGGUUGCUCCACCACUCUUCUUGCCCUACUUGCAGGCAUAGGCUCAAGUCCAGUGGCUCCAUGCCCUCUCUUGCUGAAAUUGUCACAACCUAA